CCCCGCCCCCGGCCGAUGGGGCGCGGGCAGCGGUUGCCGGUGGCGGGAUGGCGCAUCCCGGUGAGGUCCCUGCUCACACGGCAGCUGCCGGUGCGGCUAUGGACAGUAACGUGCUGGCAAUCGUUAUAGCCGCGACGGUAUCCACCUCCGUCUUCAUCGUGGCGAUCCUCAUCCUGCUGCUGCUCCUGUACCACCGGGACCCCAUGUGCUGCCAGUUCCUCUGCUCCUGCCGCUUCUUCCAGACCCCCAGCCAGUAUGACCGCCCCCCGCCAUACUUCAGCAGCAGCCAGCGGCUGGUGGGUCCCCAGUGCGGAGCAUCACGGCUGGAGAGCGCUGCCGAGAACCCUGGCGUGCAGGGAGAUGAGCUAUUCUGUGUAGGACCCCCCAGCACCUACCAACUCCCUUCCUGGGAGCAGCCCCGCUUGCCAAGCUACGAGAGCGUGCGGAAGAAAGAUCGUCAGCGGGAAAUCCAUCAGAUGAUCGCCGAGAGAUUUGGGCUGUGGGCAGAGCCCUCCCAGGAGAUGCCGCCUCCCUAUGAGCAUGCUCUGAGGCAUCCUCCGGCUUUCUCAGGAACAGUAAUAAGCUCAGAGACCUUGGACAGACGUGGCGUGCCAGACCCUUUCCAGGCCCCUCUCAGCUACCAAACUCAGCGAAACACAGCUGUGUAAGGCCUUGGCCUCCACGUACCACUUCUUCCCACGGUGUCAGUGACAGAAGUGCCUGUGACAUCACUCUCGUCUGUAGGGAACGGUCAAACCUCAGAUCUCCACCCCAAUUCGUAAUCAGCCGAGACACAGGCAAGUCAGACCCAGCCAGCGGAGACAUCCCCCCCGCAGCACUGGGAUGAACACGGAGCCACCGCCAGGUACCGUGCUCCAAGCGGAGCAGCUGGGGAUGUCUGCUCGCUCUUUUCUUCUCGUUACCAAAGGUGACGGACCAGCUGCUUGCUUCUACGCAGGGAAUAAAGCCAAGGUGAAGGUCUGCUCAGCCAGAGCUCCUCCGAGCAGCUGGUGUAUCAUACCUCUGUGAGGCAAGCACUAUCCAGCGUGGCAAGGACCAGACCUCAGACAGUGGUCGUGUUGUGCUAUUUCACUUGUGUCUUAAGUUAUAAAACGUUUUACUUUAUCGGUGUAUCAGAUACCAGGUGGGAAUCUUCACCUGUGAGCAGCAGAACUAACUUGCGUCAGAGCAUUGCUGUGUACUCUCACAGCAGCGGUCCUCUGACCACAAGCAGCUUCGUGUGGACUCCAGACAAAGAUUCGGGGAGGGUGCAGGGGUUGUGUCACCCGCUGUAUGCAAAUACCGACCGCCAAGAUGAACCGUGUGACUGGAUAUGCAAGCUGGGAAGGGACAGGAGAAGCGUGGACAAAAUAGCUGGUGGUCUCCAGGAAGAAUGUAAAGCAAAGGUGGACGUGUGUGGCCGACCAGUUUACCUAGUUGUGUUCUGCAGAGCAGACAAUCUAAUAAUGUAAACACUGGUGUCCUCACACCCCCAAUUUUGAUAACCCGUUUUCUGCUGCAGAGCCAAUGUUUCAAAUUGUUUACAAACCUGUAGCUAAAAUGAGAUCAGUUUGGCUACCAGGCAUUCAGGCUGCUUUCCUUUGAGUGACAUAAGCCUGAAAGUGUCACGGAAUGACUCAGGGAAGACAAAAGGAUAAGUCUCCUGGAUUGUGGCUUUAUGAUACACCUUGAGCCACUUAACUUCAAAUGCCACCGAGACUUGUGCAUCUUACCAGGCACUCUAAAAUUAGUUAUGAGUUAGCUUUAUGAGUGUGAAUUUGCCUCAUGGGGCUAGUAAAUGGAACACUUUCAGAUAUGAGUUAAUCAUUGAGGUGAGUUAAAUAAAAGGAAAAAUCCAGCUUCCUGGGAUGCAGUUAGGUGCAAGUGGAAAACGAUUUGGCCUCUUCUGCAGUUUUUUUUUAAUUAAGAUACAAAUAUAACAGAAAUGUCUAAAAAU